UACGGCGGGAACGAGCAGAAGCUGUACGAAGACCUGAUGCGGAAUUACAACAAGAAGGUCCGGCCCGUCUGGAAUUCCUCCACCGUCAUCAACGUCAGCCUGGCGCUCUCCGUGGUACAGAUCCUGGAAAUGGACGAGCGGAAUCAGAUCUUGACAACCAACGUCUGGAUUGAGCAGCACUGGAUGGAUGAGAAGAUGCGGUGGGAUCCCAACGACUACGGCGGCAUCAACAUCCUACGAAUACCUGCCACGGAGCUCUGGGUACCAGACAUAACGCUCUACGACAAUGCCGACUCCAACGACUACGUCUCGACCAGCCGCACCUCCAACGCCCUGGUCAACAACGACGGCACGGUGGACCUCUGGUCUAAGCCCUGCCUGCUAAAGAGCACCUGCAAGAUCGACGUCAAGUUCUUCCCCUUUGACUACCAGGAGUGCAGCAUGAAGUUCGGCUCCUGGACCUACAACAGCUUCCAGAUGAACCUGGACAAGAGUGUGGACGAUGCCGACCUGUCCACCUACGUGCCCAACGAGCAGUGGAACCUGACAUACGCUGUGGUGCGCCGGCACAAGAUCAAGUACAUCUGCUGCCCUCAAGAGUAUCACGACGUCACCUUCUACUUCGGUCUGCAGCGGAAACCCUUGUACUACAUCUACAACCUGAUCAUGCCCUGCAUACUGCUGUCCUCGCUGGCCAUGCUUGGCUUCUUCAUGCCGUACGACGUCGGGGUUGUCAAGGUGUCUCUCAGUAUCACCCUCAUCCUGUCCCUCACGGUGUUUCUGCUGUUGGUGGCCGAGAUGAUGCCGCGGACAUCGGAAGAGGUUCCGCUCAUAGGUCAGUACUACGCCGCCACAAUGUUUCUGAUUUCCAUUUCAACCGCCAUGAACGUGUUUGUCCUGAAUGUAAACGAGCGCGGAGGGUUGAACGGUCGAGAGGUGCCGCGCCUUCUCCGGACCCCGGCCUUCGAGUACCUGGCCGGGAUCUGCCUGGUGGGACCCUGCCCGGGCAAGAAAAGAUCCCGGGAGUACGGCCACCACGAGGCCCAUGAGCUCAAGUACAAAAUGGUGAACACCUCCUCGCAGGGCCCGCAGCCCAUCAACCACCAGCCGACCUCCGGCAGCAGCAACGGCGGCCGCAGCGUGCGGUUCAGCGCCAACCUGCACACCUCGUACCCGGAACACGAGAUGAUGAUGGACGAGACCGGGGACCACCACGGGGACGCCAGCGAGCGCCGCCUGGCCAAGUUGGAGCGAAGCGUGGACGGCAUCCUGAAACACAUGAAGACACUCCAGAAGAGGAAGGAGAAGCAGCAGCAGCUCAAGUCGGACUGGGCCCGGGUGGCGUUGGUCAUGGACCGGGUGCUCCUGAUCAUCUUUGGGAUAUGCACGUGCACCACUGCGUUAGUUCUCCUCCUACAACGAUCCCCGGACAAAGUGGCGCCCUCUCUGGACACAGACUCGUGAACCUCGUAAACAUUGCGUACAAACUGUGUGAGGUGUGCUUAAAUAUACUCAAUAUCAUCCGGAUAACGUCAACAUUGUUGUUGAUGCAUUUCGGUAUCUCUAUACGUUAUUAUUAUAUGCGUCGUGUAUUAAACAAGCUACAUGUAGGCUGUCUAUUAGCCUAUGAACAUACAUGUAGGCCUAUGAAUCUUUGCAACUGGGGAAAGUGACACCAAUGCAUCAGGCCGCUUGUACAUUUACCUUGCUACUUGUUUAAAAUCCUAAAGCAGAGGUGCGACGGACCGUUGAAGUCGGACAGAGCUCCAAAAACUGACUUAACCUGCAAUGGCGGUCUUGUGCGUCAUCCCUUCGAUGGCAACAUACUUAUUUGUGCAUUUAUGCAUUUCGAGUCGUCAUUUCUUGCAGACGGAACAGCUGGCUGGCCACGCUUGUGAUAAGAACUAUUUCUUCCUUUAAAAAAAGUUAUUGAUUGCUGGCAGAUUCUGCCUUGUUUUAUAUUUAUAUAAGCUCAGCUAAUUUAAAAAAAAAGCAAUGCACGGACGUCUCAAGCUUGCCUCAGAGUACACCUGGGGGACUGCUGUUGUGAGCACAUUAUAAGCCGUUUCACAAACCACGAGUUCGGUACAGAUUUGAUGAUAAGCAUGUGGCAAAUGGUAGAUCCAGUUGGCACCGCUUAUGCGUGGUCCAUAUACGUACUGAGACCGGACACUAAAGCUGUAGCCGAGUUUGGAUAAAUGGCCGUGUAUGACUGCAGCCAUAGUUUUGAGAUUACAUGACGUUGACACCGACACCGACACUGACAGCGACACUUGCCCGACCGACAAUACCGACGACAAUAUUCACCGGACACGGACACGUAGCUGCUGAACAUCGUAAAGUUUAUGCAUGCGAGGACCAAGUGACACCUUAUGGAAACCAUGACCAUGUCUAUAAGCUUGGCCUCAGUCCUUUAUUGAGCCGUAUACACUCUAACAACUCCUGGGUCAGAUUAACCCCGAAUCUGAAUCAAAAUUUGCUCAGUCCUUUAUUUCCGGGUCAGAAAUGACACAUUUAUGGGUCAAAAUAACAAUUUUUCUUGAUCAAUAUGACCCAGACAAGUGUCCCUUUUGACCCUGAAAAGGACAGAGCAAUUCUUGAUUCAGAUUCCGGGUAUAUCGGACCAGGAGGUUUUAGAGUGCACCGUGGCCUUUUUUAUUUUGGCUCCUGCGCAAGUAGGGUUGGAUGCUGGAGCCGAUUGGGGCAGCUCCUGUUGUGACUCCAAUCGCUGGGCACAAAGAAAGUAAAGCAUGGAUCUGUGGAAUGGCUUAUAAUAAGGCUGUUUAUAACGUAAACUGUUUGAGAUGUCUCACAGAAACACUAAAAAGACGGACGGAAAAGUUUUCCAAUUUACAACAUUUUAUUUAAGUGGCAAAAGUAAGAGAGCAUUUUAAAACUCCAAACCUUAUACAUGUAGUCGGCAGUAGACGUAUUUUUGCUUCUUCGCUCGGAUAAUGUAAUUAUCAACGUCAACGUUUGUCAGCGGCACAUUCGAUUCAGCCCUCUUUCGAAACCUUUUGAGAUUUCUUUUUGGUAAAACAAGGAAGCUAUGUCUGUGAAAGAAAAUGUGUGAAUGUCUUGCAAAAAAAUACAUUUUAAGCACCUCAAAUGAGAACAAUCCGGAAACGGCUAUUCGAGUCCACCACAAGUCUAUCACAAGUCCUUCCAUUAGUAAAUCACAAGUCCUUUCACAAGUUCAGUCAUAUAUUUUGUAGCAGGGGGUGAACAACAGCAAAGGAAUACCUCUGUAGCUCAUGACUUGAACUGAGACUGAAGGCUUGUGAUGUGCUUGUGAGGACUUGUGAGGUACUCGAACAGCCCUGUCAACGGGUGUCCUCGGGGAUCGUUAGCGCCCCAUGGGCUAUAUUGAGUGUUAGUCUUUCAAAAUGUAUGAGGUUAAUUUUACGAGGGAGAAAGUAACUUCGCAAGGUAAGAAAAAAGGCCUACAUUAUUUUUUUUCCAAAAAGACCUUGAACUGAAUCAUUACCUUGCAAUAACGCCACCUCCCAACCAUUCUGCCAUAGUGGUGUGGGCAUUGGCAGGACAGUGGCGUUCUGUAUCUAUUAAGCUUGCCAUGUUUGCUCAAUUAACAUUUUGGCGUGAAGUCACUUCUGAUGUUUGGGAGAAAAGCUCCCGCCACCUUGGUAUGAUACACCUUCACGGUUUUCGAAAUGUAGGCAGGUGUCAGUGUGUGACACUCGAGCGUUUCCAGUGGAUGUGCGCGGAUCGUAGGACUGAAACCCUAAGCCUGCUGUAACAUGGACGAAAGACUUUGCAAGUACACUGGUAACGACCUGGUGAAACUUUGGGACCAAUGGCUACGAGUUUUGAAAGCAGUAGCUGGUUUCCACGUGGCAUUUUUUUAAAAAGCAUAUGUCCGUGAAACCAAACACAUAUUUUUAAUUGGAAUCGCAAAUCACAAGGCCGGAGGGCCACUCAAGGUGCGGGCUACAAAGUAAAGUAUAGAAAAGAAAGUUACAGAGAGAGAAAUAUCUGUUCACAUUUCUUUGAACUGUAAUAGAUUAUACGUUUGGUGGAAAACAGUAUUCAUGGAAGGCGUUCCAAAGUGCAGCAGUACGAGGAGAAAAGCUAGACGAAUAUCUCACAGUACUGGCCUUGGGAUUAGGUAGCCUUCAGUGAAGGGGUGAGAGGAGUGAAGGUGCGACAGAAGGGACAAGUGAGCGACCUUCUGAGCACGUACCAUG